AUGGCGGAAUAUUCGUACAUUGCAAAUCUGAUAAAGAAUUCAAUAUUCCUGUUUUCUUUCCAAUAUCUCGAUCCUUCUCUGUCCUUUGAUGAUGACUUCUCCUUUCUGCAUUCCUUAUCACUUUUACCAUUUGAUUUCUUCCGGUUUUCCUUCUUUCAUCUUCUUCUUUUAUACCAUUUUCGUUCUUUUUUCUUCUCUCGGUUCUAUGUCAUUCCGUCUUCAUUCUAUCUUUCUCUCAUCGUCAUGGAGUUUUCUAUUGAGUGUCUUUCUUUACUUCGUUAUUUCUUUCUUUCUUUCUUUUUCUGUGUUAUCUCGUCAUCCAUUUUUUCUUUUAUCUUUAUGCUGCCCUUCCAUCUUCUUGCUGUCGUCUUUAUUUUAUACGGAAUUCCAUCUUUCUUUCUUUAUAUUCUUUUUCCCUACAUUCAGUCAUUAUCGGUUUCUUUCGAUUCUCUUUCUUUCUUUUCUCUUUCCUUCCUAUCUUCCUUCCUUCCUUCCUUCCUAUUUUCCUUAUACUAUCAUUAUGCUACUUAUCGGUUCCUUUCUAUUCUAUUUCUUUUUUUUUCUUUCCUUCCUUCCUUCUUUCCUUCUUUCUUUACUUAUACCGUCAUUAUACUUCCUAUAGAUGUCUUUCUUUUCUCUGUUUUUAUUACUGUCUUUCUUUCCUCUUUCUUUUUUUCUAAUGUCAUUAUAAUUCCUAUACGUUUCUUUCUUUUCUCUGUUUUUAUUCUGAUUUUUCUUUCUUUCUUUCUUUCUUUCUUUCUUUCUUUCUUUCUUUCUUUCUUUCUGCUGUUUCUUUCUUUUUUCUGUUUGUAUUCCUGUCAUUCAUUCUCUCUUUCUUUUCUUCCUUCCUUAUACUGCCAUUAUGCUUUUGCGGUCUCUCUCUCUCUCUCUCUCUCUCUCUCUCUCUCUCUCUCUCUCUCUCUCUUUUGCUUUCUCAUUCUAUCACCCGGUCAUUAUGCUUUUUACUGCGCCUCUUUUUUUCUAAUUUUUUUUUCUCUCUUUACUUUUAUUCAUUUAUAUAAUUUAUCUUCGUAUCCGCUUUCAUUCUUUCUUUUUAUUUUCAUUCUUUUUGUUUUAUUUACCUUUCUUUUCUCUAAUUUUUUUUUUAGAUUUGUUCUUACGUGUCUUACUUUUCCUUUCGUUUUUACUUUUAUCUACAUUUCCUUUCCUUCCUUGUUUCUUAUUAGAUUUUUCUAUUCUUUCUUUUCUUGUUACUUUACCUUUCUUUGUUCCUUUUUCUGGGCAUAUUAUUUGGUUAGCCAUUUUAAUAUUAUUUUCCUUCUAUUAUUUGUUUGUUUUUUCUUGAUUUUCUUUUUUUGUUUAUUCUUUGUUUUUGUCUUCCUGUCCUUCUUCCUUUCUAUUUCUUCCUAUCUUUCUUUCUUUCCUUUUUUUCCAGUCUUUCUUUCUUUCUUUCUCUUUCUUCCUAUCUUUUUUUUCAUUUCUCUUUUUUCUUGCCUUUCUUUCUUUCUAUUUUUUCCUGUCUUACUUCCUUUCUAUUUCAUCCUGACUCUCUUGCUUUCUUUUUCUUUUCUUUCUUCCUUUCUUCUUUUCUCUUUCUUCCUGUCUUUCUUCCAUUCUAUUUAUUCUUGUCUUACUUCGUUUCAUUUUAACCGCCUUUCUCUCUCUCUUCCAUUUUUUUAUUCCAGUCUUUCUUUCUUUUCUCUUUCUUUCUGUCUUUAUUCCUUUCUGUUUCUUCUAUUUUCUCUCUUCAUUUGUCUCUAA